AGUCUCGCAAGCGGGCCAACGAUGACUCUUGAGUGGAAAGUGGGCAUCCGCAUUUACACGACCCUACGUUGUCGCUGUUCCAUGUGAAAGUAUGCAAGAGAACACAGCUGAGCCGCCACCGUCGCUCUCUCAGCUCUUAAGGGAGAGCUACCUGGCCGAGGCCCGAGCCCAGCAGCGUCACAGCGAGAUGAGCCGCUCUGACGCUUCAUCGUCACGCAUUCAGAUUUUUGGCUCGCUCAAAGGAAAGGCUGAGGACUCGGCAGGUCUCCAUGAAAGCCAAAUGCCAGACCUGUCGGCGUUCCUCAGCCAAGAAGAGCUGGAUAAGAGCGUUAACUUGGCCCGCCAGGCCAUCGGACACGAGCCCCGUGAGGAGAGGGCAGAGGUCAAGGCCGCUGUCACUCCAUCUGCCUCGGCUUCCAUUUCUUCGUCUAUUCACCUAGCAAAGCCCUCUGCUGUUCCAUACACACCCUCCAUUGUGCCUUUCACACAUCCAGUUGACCUGCCAGCCACACAACCAAACUCCACACCGGACAGAGUACCACACACAGCCUCUGUGCGGCAGGACAACACGAUGAGGAACAGGAGUGAAGGUCUAAACCACUUGAACAAGUCGCCAAGGAACUCCCCGUUUGGGGUGGAGACCCAGUCCAAGAAGGAGUUCCUCAACAAGGCGGCCGACUUCAUCGAGGAGCUCUCCUCUCUCUUCAAGGCUAACACCUCCAAACGGAUACGACCGAGAGCGUGCAAAGCCCAUCGGAGUCGGAACAAGAACCACAACGAUGGAAAACUAUACCUCGAUGGCUCAGACAACAGGGAGCGCUCGGCCACGUCUGCGCAGGUGGCGGACGACGGACCGGGUUCCGUUGGUAGCCACCAGUCAGAGAUCCAGCUGGACUCUGGGAUUGGUCAUGUGGUGUUACAGGACGGUAGGAUUACUGAGGAGCAGCAGCUUGACUGCAAAGAGGUGGAGGCCCCGGAAAGCUACAUUUUGACACAACCUCCAUCAUCUGCAGAGGAGCCAGUAUGUGAGCCUCCUCAUUUUAUCCAAAAACUGAAAAGCAGAGAAGUUCCCGAGGGUAGCAAAGUCCAGUUAGACUGCAUUGUCAGAGGACACCCUAUACCUGAAGUCCGGUGGUUCUGUGAGGGCAAGGAGUUGGAGAACAGCCCUGACAUUCAGAUCCUCACCAAUGGCGAGCUGCACUCUCUGAUCAUCACAGAAGCUUUCGAGGAGGACACCGGCCGUUACUCCUGCUUCGCAUCCAACUUUUACGGAACUGACUCCACCUCAGCUGAGAUCUACAUCGAAGGUGCAUCUUCUUCAGACUCUGAGGGGGAACUGCACUUUGACCUGCAGGGAAAACAGUCAAAGUCCGCACCACUCUCAAGCCAAAUUGCCACAGAAGUUAAAGAGGCUUCAGCAAAUCAAACAACAGGGGAGCUAGCAGAGGACCUGAGCACUCUUGUGAUCCAUAAAGUUCCAAGUCCAGUUCCAGCCCAGACGAUAACCACCUCACCUCGAAGUCCAGAGCCCUCUCAAGCUUUGGUUGUAUCUACACCUUAUCCAGAGGAGACUGAAACAAUCGUCAUACCUGUGCAAGUGUUUCCGACGUCACCACCGGCAGAGGGUCAGCUGGUGUCAGUGGCUGCUUCGCUCGCAGCCACACCACAGCUUUUCAACUGUGUGCCGCCACUCCACAACGCAGCUCCAACAUCCCAACCUGAGAAUCAAACAUCUAGCGUCAACCUCCUGGAAGGUUUCAACGGGCAAGCCAUUAUGGCUGCCCCUGUUUUUACAAAGCGUCUGCAGGACCUGGUGGCCUCAGAAGGGCAGCUGGUGGUGCUAGAGUGUCGUGUGAAAGGAGUGCCGUCCCCUCGAGUGGACUGGUACAAAGAGGCAAAAAUCAUUGAAGACUCGCCUGAUUUUAGGAUCCUGCAAAAAAAGCCCAGACCUCCAGCUGAAUCAGAGGAAAUAUGUACGCUGGUCAUUGCUGAGGUCUUUCCUGAAGAUUCUGGGAUGUUUACUUGCACUGCAAGUAACACCUACGGAAUAACAUCCAGUAGCGCAGCACUUAAAGUCAAAGGUAAAAAUGUUAACAACCAUGCAUUUAGGCCGUUUUGCACUUUAACUGUGGAGCCCAGUCGAGUCCAAGAACCUUCCGCAUCAGAUCUCGCCAUCCCUCCUGUAAACCCCCAAACAGAGAUUCCUCUGACCAAUAACGCCAAGCCCCACUCCAGCACCAUCCGGCUGGAUCCGUUGGUCAAUAGCACCUUACGUUUAGACUCCUUAAACACCAGCACCCUUCGUCUGCACCCUAACAGCUCCAGCAUGCCCCGUCCAGACACCUUACGUACAAGCCUUCACGGUUUAGAACCCAGCAGCUUGGCUGGUAGCCCAAGUCUCAACCCUCGCUGUCUGAGCACCCCCAAUUUAGACCCUCUCAGCCUUCACCAGGAGCCUCCAGAGGACACAGGACAGCUGGCUCCACACCCAAAGCCCCUCACCGCUCCAGCUGUACCUGAGCAGGGAGUGUCUGGACAGGUGUUGACAUCACCUGCCAUAAGUUCCAAUCACAAGGCAGCCUCGAACCAUCAGAAUGAGACAUCUGUUUUGUUGCCACUCCCCAGUCCACCUCCUAACUCCUGUCUAAAGUCAGGUGUCCUAACAAACCACAAAGACUCACGCUCCAGCUCCAGAGUCGGUCUGCGUGUACAUUUCAAACUGCCCGAGGAGGAGGCGGGUGAGCAAAGUGACACAUUUGCUCCACCUGACGAAGACCCUUCUGAUGCAUUGAUCAACAAAGGACCACCGCCAGUGCUGGCAAAACCCAAACUGGACCCAACACAGCUCCAGCUCCUUCACAACCAAGUUCUUAUGGAGCAGCAGCAGGAGAGCGAACCCCCGGCCCAACCCCACAACCAGCCGACAUUCCAUGUUAGGCCAGAGGCCGCAAACUCUCGUGAAGGUUCAGUCUGGUCCUUCAGAGAAAACCGUGAUUCCCAGUCAAUCUACCUUAGCAACACCUCGCAGAUGACACCCAAAUCUGCACCUCCCCACACUGCGAUGCCUCCUGCACCAUUACUGGGUUCUGCUUCACCUCCUCAAAGAUUCUUUCCAUCCACCUCCCAGGUUAAGACCUCCUCCCUGGUUACGUUCCCUCCACCUAUGCCACAGCUAAACACAGCUCCGCCUCUCAGCGUGGCACCUUCGACCCAGAUGAACACCAUCCAUGCCUCCCACCUCAACCUGUCGGCAGCGGUUCUCGCCAGAACUGCCCCCGCGCCGCAGUUUUCCUCUCAGCCAUUGUCAAAUCUCAGUUCAAGCUCAACAGAUUCAACGGCGGCCUCACAUCAUGUCACGUCUCCAGCUGCUUUCCUGAGAAGCACCCACGCCUCCCUCAUGAAUCUGACCGCGGCCUCGCAGGCUUUCAACUACACUCGGCCUAAAGAGUUCAUCACAGCUCAAACUAUGUCACCCGUCAGGAGUCCCUCCCCAACAGAAUCCCCAGUCCCGCUUCUCCACGAACUAGCAGCUGAGCUCAACUACUCCGCCGCCAACUCGCCAACGCUCCCGCCAUUCUCACCACCGACCAGGACCUUCCCCACAAGAGUGCUCCAGUCCCCUACCAGCCCCACGUUGCUCGUAGCCUCCCCCACGCCGGGUUCAGCCCCAACUUUAAACAAUACGUUCACCAUCAGAGCCCAGUCACCUCCCCAGGCUUCCUCUCCCACCUCCAGCAGCUCCACGCCGAGCCCCAUCCAAAACCCAGUAGCUUUCCUGAGCUCCAUCCUGCCUUCCUUGACCCCAUCUCAGCCGACUAACUCCAUGGGCCUUCCCAGAGGAGCACCUUUGGGGUUGAAUAAGAAGGUACCAAAGACGCGCCUCCAAUCAACUGAAAACAUUCGCGAGAGCAGAGAUGCCAUUCUUCAUGACAUUGAGAAAAAAUUCCAAUUUAAAGAUGAUCUUCCCAUUUUUGCCUAUCAACAGAAACGGAGUAUUGAGGGGAAAACAGCGAGCAGAGCCCUUGUCGGACCAAACAUUCCAGCUACUGUCAUUAACUAUGAUGAGGAGUACAAAAUUUCCAAUUUUGAGCAGAGGUUAAUGAGCGAGAUCGAGUUCCGCUUGGAGCGAACGCCAGUGGAGGAGUCAGACGAUGACGUGCAACACGACGACGUCCCCUCGGGCAAAUGCAUCGCGCCCAUCUUUGACAAAAAACUCAAGAACUUCAAGGCCAUGGAGGGCGUACCCGUGACUUUCUCCUGUAAAGUUGUCGGCAUCCCUGUUCCAAAGGUGUACUGGUUCAAAGAUGGAAAGCAGAUCUUGAGGAAGAACAUCCAUUACAAGAAGAUAAGGGAGGGUGAUGGGACAUGUGCUUUACACAUAGAAUCUACAACUGCUGAUGAUGAUGGAAACUACACCAUCAUGGCAGCAAAUCCACAGGGACGAAUAAGCUGUUCGGGUCAUUUGAUACUCCAAGCAGGACCAGCCCGAAAUCGACUUGCCCCGAUUAACUCUCAGAGGGUCCGAACCCGUGUACGGGAAGUUGAGGGAGACCAAACCCAGGAGCGAUUUUUCCGGCCUCACUUCGUCCAGGCUCCAGGAGACAUGCUGGCACAUGAGGGGAGGGUGUGCAGACUAGACUGUAAGGUGAGUGGUCUGCCCAAUCCCGAGCUCAUGUGGUUGGUCAAUGGUAGGCCCAUCUAUCCAGAUCUUUACCACAAGAUGCUGGUGCGGGAAAACGGCAUCCACUCUCUGGUCAUUGACCCCCUGACACAGAAAGACGCUGGCACAUACACCUGCAUUGCAAGCAACAAAGCAGGGCAGAGCUCCUUCAGUCUAGAACUCAAAGUUGUAGAGAAAGAAAUGAAACACCCUCCCCAGUUUGUGGAGAAGUUGCAGAACAUGGGAAUCCCUGAGGGGAGCCCCGUCAGGAUGGAGUGUCGGGUGGUGGGUAUGCCCCACCCAGUUAUAUUCUGGAAGAAAGACAACGACACCAUUCCCAAAACGAAGAGCCGAAUGAGCAUGCAACAGGAUGCCACAGGAUACGUGUGCCUUCUCAUCCAGCCAACAACCAAAGAGGAUGCCGGCUGGUAUACGGUAUCAGCCAAAAACGAGGCUGGGAUUGCGGCCUGCACCUGCAGGCUCGACAUCUAUGCGCAGUGGCAUCAGAGCGUACCGGCACUCAUGAAGAAGGCGGCGCUCGUGGGCAGCCGCUACGCAGCGCUCACGGGCCAGGGACUCGACAUCAAAUCGGCCUUCCCCACAUCGGAGACAAGCCCCUUCCUGUUCUCCAGCUCCCCUCCUGAGGGCACACUGGAGAGCGAGGAGCUCUAAGGAGCAUCUCCUUCGGGAGGGACGGACAAUGUUUACCUGCGCGGGUCGUCACGCGAUUUGUGUGACGGGUUUGAAGUGAGACACUCAGAGCAGAGAGUGAUUGUGAAGUGAUUGUGCCACUUGCUAGCACGGUGUCACCAUUCCGGUUGACUUUGGUCAUAUCAAGAGUAUUUCACAUUCAGGAAAAACAAAUUUCAAAUUGCAAAGUCUUAUCUCAUGAGCCAUCGAUGGAGCCGAAUACAACAAUCUUUUCUCAGAGUUGGGGCCCUUUAUUUUCCCUUGCAAAUAAUAUAUACCUUCCGCUAAUUAUUAUAUCAGAAUGAACUGUAUAUGAAAGCUAAACUAAGUUAUUUGAAGGAAUUUGGAAAUACACUAGUAUUUAAGUGGUAGAUUUAACAUUGGAUGGUCUCAACACAAGUGCAUUAUUUAUGUAAAUCUAUUACUGAAUCACCUUUUUGCUCCAUGUUUUCCUUGUGUAUGCAUGUUGAGGGCUAAUUGUGUUUGUUCACAGUUAGAUAGUAUUUUGUUAGUAGCUGAAACUGUGGAUGUUUAUGAGGGAAAAUUAAGAUGAAAAAUUGUUUGAGGAUACAAUAGCAAAGGCAAAAUUGAAGUCAAUGGGGCAGUCUAGGAGCUCACAAUGAUGACCUUUAUUGGACUUUAAAAGAAUUGUAUGAGUUUGGAAAUAUAUCGAUGGAAGCUUCGAAGCACCUAUUCUACUUCCGUAACGUUGCACACUGUAAAAUAGUUUC